AUGUCUAACGGAGCAGGUAAAACCUUUAAAGGUGACAACGAAUGGAUUGACUUAAAAGUAAAAAAGGAAUGGUACGUCUCACCAAACACUAAGCACUUGGUCUUCGAAUUGGAAGAUAAGGACCAUGUUUCCGGAUUGAUCACAGCUAGUGCUCUUUUGAUCAAGUUUGCUGCCGAAAAUGAAGAUGAUGUCAUUAGGCCAUACACUCCAAUAUCUGAUAUUGAAAAAAAGGGAGAAAUUGAGCUUGUUGUCAAGAAGUACGAAGGUAGUAAGGCAGGAACCCAUAUUCACAACUUGAAGGUUGGUGACUCAUUGUCCUUUAAGGGACCAAUUGUUAAAUGGAAGUGGGAACCAAACCAAUACGAGUCCAUCUCUUUGAUCGGUGCUGGUACUGGUAUUACUCCAUUAUACCAGUUGUUACAUGAAAUUACCAAGAACCCUGAGGAUAAGACUAAAGUUAACCUAUUCUUCGGUAACUUGACCAAGGAUGACAUCUUAAUCAAGAAGGAAAUUGAUCAAAUUGCUUCGAAGCACAAGGAACAAGUGAAUGUUGUCUAUUUUCUAGACACUACUCCAGAAAACUGGGAUGGUGAAACUGGUUAUAUCUCUAGAAAAUACUUAGAGAAGAACUUGCCUGGCCCAAGUCCAAAGCACAAAGUUUUUAUUUGUGGUCCUCCGCCCUUGCUCGCAUCUCUCUCUGGCUUUAAGGUAUCCCCAACUGAUCAAGGUGAAGUUACCGGAAUUUUAGCCGAAUUGAACUACACCAAAGACCAUGUCUACAAAUUUUAA